AAAGAAUAAAUAUUCGAUUUAUAACUGUUUAAAUCAGUCCAGUUAAAUCAAGUCAAACCAUAAACAUGUCUCCAAAAUUGUACAUGACCCCCGCAAGCUCCCCAGUAAGGAGUGUUUUAUUGGUGGCCGAAGCAAUAAAUUUAAAUUUGGAAAAUCUGGAAGUCAAUCUUAUGGACCAGGAUCAGCUAACUCCUGAAUUUUUAAAAAUUAACCCUGAACACACAGUACCAGUUUUAAAUGAUGAUGGUUUUAUCUUGGCUGACAGCCAUGCCAUUAAUGUUUAUUUGGUUGAAAAAUACGGAAAAGACAGCAACUUAUACCCAAAGGACAUCAAGGAACGUGCCAUCGUAAACCACAGGCUUCAUUUUGAUAAUGGAACACUUUUUGUUAGAAUGGCAAACAUUAUAAGAUCAAUAUUUUUCAACAAUGAAAAAUCCAUCUCCCAAGAUAAAAUCGAUGCAAUUUUGGAGGCCUACAAAAUUAUGGAAACAUUUUUGCAGCAUGGACCCUGGAUGGCCGGUCAAAAUAUGACAGUUGCUGAUUUAGGAAUGAUUGCUACUGUUUCUAGCAUGGAUAUGUUAGUUCCAGUAAAGAAAGAUGAAUGUCCAAAACUGGCUUCUUGGAUGGGCAAAAUGGAAGCUUUACAUUUCUACUCUGCUAACAAGAAAGGACUUGAAAUGUUGGCUGCCCUUGUAAAAGCGAAAUUGGAAAAUUAAUUGUACUUUGUUGUCUUUUACAUGUAACGAAUACAUUUUUAUAAUCACGCUUUAGUUUAAAUAGACCCACAAACGUUUGCCAUGAUUCACAAAGUGAGUGUGAGAAAUAAUCAUUGCAAGACUUAUC